AACAACAACAACAACAACAACAACAACAACAACAACAACAACAACAACAACAACAACAACAACAACAACAACAACAACAACAACAACAACAACAACAACAACAACAACAACAACAACAACAACAACAACAACAACAACAACAACAACAACAACAACAACAACAACAACAACAACAACAACAACAACAACAACAACAACAACAACAACAACAACAACAACAACAACAACAACAACAACAACAACAACAACAACAACAACAACAACAACAACAACAACAACAACAACAACAACAACAACAACAACAACAACAACAACAACAACAACAACAACAACAACAACAACAACAACAACAACAACAACAACAACAACAACAACAACAACAACAACAACAACAACAACAACAACAACAACAACAACAACAACAACAACAACAACAACAACAACAACAACAACAACAACAACAACAACAACAACAACAACAACAACAACAACAACAACAACAACAACAACAACAACAACAACAACAACAACAACAACAACAACAACAACAACAACAACAACAACAACAACAACAACAACAACAACAACAACAACAACAACAAC